AUGGCUGAGGCUACUGGGAUCCAUGAGCCACUGCUCAAUGAGCACGGCACCAGUAAAAACAAGGACGAGCCGGCAGACAAGACAUGCCCGGCAAGUGGUAAGACCGGUAAGAGGUGCGCCGUGGAGAAUUUCAAGCUGCCGCCGCCGGGGACGUUCACGUCACAUCCGGGAGGACAGGAGCACUUGAAGACAGCAGCGCAGUCCGAGUGUCCGGCCUUGCUUUUCCUGGCCUACCAUGUGGGCUGUGAUCUCGAUGGAAGGAUCGCACGUGCGGUCAAGGCAAAUGGGAUCGAGAUGCCAGACUCUGGCGAGCUAUUUGCUGAUGUUCAUGCUCUUGUCACCAAGGUGAAGGAGGAGCACAAAAAUCAACAUUGGGUCUUUGUUGCCUGGAGCCUCAUCAUCACCGUUGGCUUCUUUACCAUUCUCCCAUGGUUCCUCCUCCGGCCGGGUGUGGCGUCUGCUAUCACGGUGUCAUUGCUCUUUGAGGUCUAUUUCCUCAACAUCUUUCACACAAGACACCACAAAGGCGGAAAGGUCUACGACAUCCCGUGGUUGGAUAAGCUCACAGCACCGCUCUAUGAGGUGGUGGACAACACAUGGGGAUACAAUCCAAAGGCCUGGUGGAAGAAUCACCAUGAGUACCACCACAUGAGCACCAACGCGAAUUGCGACCCUGACAUGCCGGCCAUGUAUCCCUUGGUCAGAUUGUUUCAGGCCCAGGAGAGGCGUUGGUUCCAUGCGGCGCAGACAUUCUACUUUCCCCUGCUGCUUCCAUUUUCAGUUGCCAGAUUUCCGGUUGAGAGCGCCUUCAAGCAUGGGGGCCCCAAAGCCUACUUUGUACUUUGGAUGGUGCUGAUGUGGAUUUGGCCCUGUGCCGUGCACGGUUGGACAGGCCUCUAUGCUACACUCUUCGCACAAGGCUUAACAGGAGUGACCCUUACAUCAAAGUUUGCCGUGUCCCAUUCCCAUGUGGACCUUGUUGCUCACAGCACAGAGGCGGAUUCACUCUUGACCACCAAGAAGACGAAGAUGGAUGCUUGGAUGGUGAACCAAAUCGAGGAAUCUAUGAGUUGGGGUGGCUACUGGAUGACAGUCAUUUUCGGUGGCAUCAAUAUGCAGAUAGAGCAUCAUAUGGCACCAGGACUUGACCCACCGCUCUUAUGGUGCAUGGCAGAUGGCUUGAAGGGAAUCUGCAAGAAGCACAAGAUCCGGUAUACGCACGAGCCCUCCAUCUUUCAUGCUUACAGUGGCCUCCACCGUCGGAUGUGGGUGAUGGGCAAGCCUUAG